AUGGCUGCCGCAACAGAACGGUUUUUGCACCUCGCUCGCCCGCUGGCUCACACCAACGUCGGGCUCCAGACGAACAUUGCCCCGCUUACUGUCCAGAUUCAACCCCAGGCUGUCCUCUCCAUCCUCGACCAUGCCGUCCGACGCGACAUCCGUGAAAACUCCCAGUCCACGCGGGUCAUUGGCGCCCUGGUAGGCACCCGCUCCGAAGAUGGCACCGAGGUCGAGGUGCGAUCGUGCUUCGCCAUCCCCCACACCGAGGAGGAGGACCAGGUCGAGGUCGACGUCGAGUACCAGAAGAACAUGCUGGCCCUGGUGCUCAAGGCCGCGCCCCGCGAGUCGCUGCUGGGCUGGUACACCACCUCGCACGAGCUCAACAGCUUCAGCGCCCUGAUCCAGAACUUCUUCGCCGCCCCGGACACCGGCACCUUCCCCCACCCCGCCAUCCACCUCACCAUCUCCACAGAGCCCGGCAAGGACAUCGAGACGCGAUGCUACAUCAGCGCCCCCGUCGCCGUCAACGCCGAGCGAGCUGCCGAGAGCUGCCUCUUCAUCCAGGUCCCCCACAAGAUGCUCUAUGGAGACGCCGACAAGAGCGCCCUCGAGGCCGUCGCCAGCGCCCGCGACGUCGAGUCACGGAACGUUCCCCUUGUAUCAGACAUUGAGGGCCUGGGCCGAUCCAUCGAGCAGACCAUCGGCCUCCUCGACCGCGUCAGCGAGUGGGCCAACGGCGUAUUAGACGAGGACGAGGAGCCCAACAACGCCCUUGCCCAGUACCUCCUGAGCGCCCUGUCUCUGGCCCCCAAGGUCGAUGCUUCCCAGAUCGAGCACGACUUCAACAACCACAUCCAGGACGUCCUCAUGGUCAGCUACCUGGCCAACACUAUCCGAACCCAGAUCGAUCUCUCCCAGCGACUGGCGGUUGCCAACCUGGCCGGCAAUGAGAAGGAGGAGGGCAAGGGUGACGGCGAGAAGGGUGCCCAGCGUGGAAACAAGCGUGGAGGACGUGGCGGCGGUAGAGGCGGCGGUCAACAACGAGAGCCUCGAGAGCCUCGAGAGCCCGCCGAGUAA